AUGGCCGCGUCCACCCUGUCCGUCUGCUCCAGCGACCUGAGCUAUGGCAGCCGCGUCUGCCUGCCCGGGGCCUCGGACUCCUGCCCCGACUCCUCCUGGCAGGUGGACGACUGCCCAGAGAGCUGCUGCGAGCCCCCGUGCUGCGCCCCGGCCCCCUGCCUGACCCUCCUGUGCGGCCCCUCCUCCCCCUGCCAGGGAGACUGCUGCACCCCUGCGUGCUGCAAGCCCGUCUGCUGCACCCCUGUGUGCUGCAAGCCCGUCUGCUGCACCCCUGUGUGCUGCAAGCCCGUGUGCUGCACCCCUGUCUGCUGUGAGGACUCCCCCUGCACAACCUCUUCAUGCUGCCAGCCGUCCUGUUGCACCUCCUCCCCCUGCCAGGAAGACUGCUGCACCCCUGUGUGCUGCAAGCCUGUCCGCUGCACCCCUGUCUGCUGCAAGCCCCCCAGCCCCUGCUGCAGACCCUCCUCCUGCAUGUCCCUGCUCUGCCGCCCCGUGUGCAGGCCCGCCUGCUGCACCCCUGUCUGCUGCAAGCCCGUGUGCUGCACCCCUGUGUGCUGUAAGCCCGUCUGCUGCACCCCUGUCUGCUGCGAGGACUCCCCCUGCUCAGGCCCCUCCUGCUGCCAGCCCAGCCCCUGCUGCAGACCCUCCUCCAGUGUAUCCCUGCUCUGCCGCCCCGUGUGCCCCCGCCCCGCCUGCUGCGCCCCUGCCUCCUCCUGCUGCCGCCCGGCCUCCUGCGUGUCCCUGCUCUGUCGCCCCGCGUGCCCCCGCCCUGCCUGCUGCGGCCCCGCCUCAGGCCAGUCCUGCUGCUGA